UCUCUCUCCUCUCCACCUGUUGAUGCCAUUGUUAUCCCGAUGGCAUUGUGCCGUCUCUCUCUUCGUACACGCCUCCUUGUCACCGAGGGUAUAUAAAGAGAGAGCUUCACACACACUUCACUUCACACACCACACACACACACACACUUCAGCGCUGCAGACUCAGCAGAGAUGUCCGUCUCUCUCUGGUGCGAGGAGGAGUCGGCGAGAUCCGGGACGUCGGUCCGAGCGUCCUUCGACCCCAACGCCUCCGGGCUCAGGGUCAUCGAGAGGCUGCUGCACUCUGAGGAGAGAUACGCUCCGUCUCCGCUCUACGUCUCCCUCGUUCAGAGAGAACCCAAACGCAGGGAGGAACUCGCCAAGUGGACGCUCGAGGUGUGCUGUGAUUGCGGAUGUGACGAAGCCGUGUUUCCUCUCGCAGUCUCUCUGCUGGAUCGCUACUUAGCCUCCACACUGUCUCUCCCCGUCUCCGCGUCCUGUCUCUCCGCCGCCUGCGUCCUCGUGGCGUCCAAACUGACGGAGAGCGAGACGGUCACGGCGCAUGCGCUGUGCGCAUCAGCGGAGUACGAGUUCCUCUCCACCGACCUGCGCGAAAUGGAGCGCGUGGUGUUGGGAACGCUGCGCUGGGACGUGGCCGGCGUCACCCCUCAGGACUUCAUCCCUCACUUCCUGUCGUGUUUGGAGGAGCUGAUGGGGGACAGCGAGGACGCCGCCGACUUCGUCUCCACGCUCAGACGCCACGGGGACACGCUGGCCGCCAUGUGCGUGUGCGACUCUCGCUUCCUGGGAACUCGUCCGUCCCUGGUGGCCGCCGCCGCCCUCAACUCCGCUCUCCGGGGUCUGGAGGCCAAGAGGAGGCGGGAGAUGAGUCACAUGACCUGCACGCUGGCUACGCUGUGUCGCAGUGACCCGGCCGUGCUGCAGUGCUACAGCGAGCUGAUAGAGGACGCUCUCAGGGAACGACUGAGGAACAGCCGAGAGCAGGAGGAAGACGACGGCGAGAAGAAUGGAGGGAUGGAGGAGGAGAGAUCGAGCACGCCGACUGACCUGAGAGAAAUAGACUUUUAAAACAACACAAACGCACAAAACGCACAUCCGCAGUCUUCCUCCUUCAUCAUCAGUAAAACUGAUGUAAACUUCUAAAUGCUGCAUGAUAAUGUUUUUAAUGAUUUUAUUUAUUUAAGAAUUAUUCUUAUUUAUUUCUUUAUUCGUUCAAGGUGUUCACUUUUGUUGAAUUUGUUUAUCGUGAGUUAAUCUUCUGUUGUUACCUGAUAUUUUUUUUUUUUUGUAUCGUGUGCAAUUUCUCUCACAUGAAUUUCUACCUAAUAUUAUGUACCAUUAAUUUAUUAAUUAUCUUUAUUAAUUAUUUAUUGUGUGUGGUAUCAUUUUAAUUUAUUCAGCAUUUUUUUUACUCUGUAUGACAAUGUUUGAUGAAAUUAAAUUAUAUUUUUGAACGUAAUUAAAAUAAUAUUUAAUAAACAUUCUGAUGUAGUUUUUUGGUAUCUCAAAACAGAAUUAAAUUUAGUUAAUUAUUGUGCAUUAAUUGUUGUGUUAAUUAUUUGUGAAGCCUAAACCUGUAAAAUCAUAUUUUUAUGAAGUUUAAUAAAAUUUUAAUAAAUUACAGAAUUAGGAUUUUUCAAAACCAACAGAAUCACUACAUAACAACGCGUGGACCAAUCAGAUCCCGCCGUCUCAUCCGGGCAUUCCAGGUGUACGCCCUUUACCUAGUUACCCGGAGAAAAUAUUUUUGUUUAAUAAUUUAAAAUAUUUCUGAGACACACCAAAGCUGGUUCAGAUCAUAUAUCUAGCAAUUAUCAAAUAUAAAAUAAUUAGAAAAAAAAAAUUCGCAAUGAUUAGCAACAUGCUAACGCUUGCUAUGCUGAGCCUUUGUGGGGAGAUUUCGGAUUAUUCUAGAAA